UUAAAAGAAUCCUUUUCGGAGUAAGCAUUGGAGAGGAGUUGGACCCAUCAAAAUUUUCGGACAAAAAUUGGUGAUGGUCAUAGGGAGCUACACGCAAUCUCAUGUUCUCAUUACCCCCACACCACCGGACCACCCAUCAUUGGAUUCCUGACUUCCUUUUUCAUCUACCUUUCCUUCCCGUCCCGAUUGCCCGCUCCACUCACUCUCUCUGUCUCUCUCCUUUUUCCGUUUCCAUUUCCUUUGUCUCUCUCUCUUUUUACACCGAUGUGUUUUUACGUUAUGAGUCUAUACAGCACUUCCUUUGUUGUCUGAAAAACUCCAAAACGAAGGCCAGAAGGUCCUGCGCUUAAUUCCCCCUCCAAAAUCAGGUUUUCACCGUUAUCUUCUCUCCUGGGUUUUCGGUUAUUUUCUGGGCGAAUCAAAAAUUCUGAAAGGAAAUUAUAUUCUGGGUUUCUUUCAGAACGGAAAUUAUUAAAGAUAAUUUAUGGGUUAGACCUUUGGAACUUAAAUUCACACAAAGAAAACCAGAGCGCGGAAGAAAACGAACAAAAAAUUUUGUGGGUAGAAACGAAAUAGGAGUUUUAAACAUUCCUGAUUUUAUCUGUAUAACACCAUAAAACACGUAUAGGUAAACAGGUUCAAUCCAACUUUGCGAUUGAGGAUUAAGGUUUUUUAGUGUGGUUUUGUUUUGGGUGAUUAAAAGAAAGGCGAAUUCUGAUCUCUAUGCAAACCUCAGUCGUUCUCUGUUUGGUCUGGCAAUACAACUUUGUCAAUUAGGCACAGGGUUUUGUGAAAUUGGGUUUCUUUUUUUUUUGCCCUCUUAGAAUAAAGGAAAAAGAAAAUUUGGUUUCUUUUGUUAGCAUAUAAAGAGGUGAAUUGACAUGGGUAAUACCGGAAGUAGUAAUGUUAACGGUCGGCGGAGGCACGGUAGCCGGCGGAGGCACCCUCCUCCUCUGCUGCCACAACAGCCUCAGCCCGAAAUGUCGGCUAACCAUUAUGUGUUCGCAGCUGCAACCCCUUAUCCUGCACAAUUCCCAAACCAAAACCCUAACCCCAACCCUAACCCUCAUCCUUACUACCCUUACCCCGGUUACUACCCACCUCCACCACCGCCCAUGGCAGGGCCGCUUCCUGCCCCGUAUGAUCAGCACCACGGUCCACCCCACAUGUACCCUUGUGGGCCUGUACUACCUUCCCCUCCACCAUAUGUUGAGCAUCAAAAGGCGGUGACCAUCCGGAAUGAUGUUAACCUUAAGAAGGAAAGCUUGCGUAUGGAGCAAGACGAGGAGAACCCUGGGCAGUUCCUCGUUGCUUUCACAUUUGAUGCCACCGUUGCCGGAAGCAUCACAGUUCUUUUCUUUGCAAAAGAGGCUGAAGAUUGUAUCCUGACUCCGACGAAGGAAAACUUGCUUGCACCAGUGACGGUGCAUUUCGAAGAAGGCUUGGGCCAGAAGUUCAGACAACCUUCUGGAACUGGAAUAGACUUCUCAACGUUUGAGGAGACUGACUUACUGGAAGUGGUGGACAUGGAAGUGCAUCCUCUAGCAGUUAAAGCGGAAACAUCCCCAGUUAGCCCAAGUGGAUCUGAAGGAGGACAUGUGGAGUCUGGGACCCCGAAUUCUCAAAUAACAAAGGCAGUGUUUGAGAAGGAGAGAGGUGAAUACAAGGUGAGGGUGGUGAAGCAGAUCGUAUGGGUGAAUCAAAUCCGGUAUGAGCUGCAGGAGAUUUAUGGGAUUGGGGAUUCAGCCGAUGGUGACUUUGACGGGAAUGAUCCAGGCAAAGAAUGUGUUAUCUGCCUGUCUGAACCUCGGGACACAACUGUCCUUCCCUGCCGACACAUGUGUAUGUGCAGCGGCUGUGCAAAGGUUUUGAGGCUCCAAACAAACCGGUGCCCAAUUUGCAGACAACCAGUUGAUAAGCUUUUGGAGAUCAAGGUCAAUAAUGGGCCUGAAGAGUGUAGCGUUGCUAGCAUAUAAAUAUUUUGUUGCUGCUACCGUGUGAUUAAAGAUCACCUCUCCCUCUGAAGUCUUAUCAUUCCUCCAACUUUCAGAGUUGACAAUACCCGGAGCAGAUCAUUGUCGGUAUGCAGUUUGGCUUUGUAUUAAUGGUACAUCUUUUUGGAAGUUCAAGCCAGGAAACAUGGCAAGCCAAUUGAUUCUGUAUGCUUGUCAUAGUUCUUGUAACGUUAUUACUGUUUGUCAUGGUAUACAUAAUAGUAUGUUUGGUUUGUAUUUAUAUUUGAUUUAGGUUCGGUUUGUUUUUAACAUGAAUAUUUUUGGCUGGAAAAUAUUUUGUUAUGCAAAUUGAUUUUUCUAAAACAAAA